AUGGGCUCCACGUACAUUCUUCUGGUUCAGCUGAUUUUGUUUCUGCAUCUAUUCACAGGAAUCUCUUCAGAAGUGGAGUUUACAAACAUCAAGUGCACUUCAUUGGACAAGGAAUUUAAUGAUUUUGAGUAUUGCCAUCUGAAGUCAGUGAAUCGGAGCUACAAAUAUGUUUCCGUCAAAGUGAAAUUGUAUAAAGUUCCUAUUACCAAAGUGAAAGUGAACUUUGCACUGCUCAAGCGAUUCAGUGGCUAUGAGCCGUUCCUCUACAAUAUCACUGUGGACGCUUGCAAGGCAUUGAGAAAUUCAAAAUCUAACCCUAUGUUUUUUUUCUUUCAUGAAAUAUUCAGAUCCCAUUCAAAUAUGAACCACACCUGCCCCUUCGAUCAUGAUCUAGCGGUCGACAAAGUUUCUGUUAACUUUAUCAAUCGCCACUUUACAGAGGUCCUUCCCUUUCCCAGGGGGGAAUACCUCUUCCAAUCCAACUGGUUCGCUUACAAUGUAAUUCGCGCUGAAGUCAAAUUCUUUUUCACUCUUUUUUAA